AUGGUUUUCUUGUCACAGUGGAGAAGGCUGCUCUGUUGGGCAGUGUUAGGAUGCUGGAGCCUGUGGUGGCCUCGAGAGGCCACGGCACAAUUCCCACGGGCGUGUAUGACCGUGGAGGCCUUGAAGGCGAAGCAAUGCUGCCCACCUUGGGGGCCUAAUCCAAACAACACGUGCGGUUGGCAGCAAGGCAGGGGGGUCUGUGGAGAAGUGCAAGUGGACACCAGACCCUGGGGAGGCCCCUACACACUCCGCAAUGUGGACGACCGGGAACGGUGGCCCCUGAAGUUCUUCAACAGAAGUUGCCACUGCUCAGGAAACUUUGCUGGAUACAACUGCGGAGAUUGCAAAUUUGGCUGGGCUGGCCCCAACUGUGAUCUGAAAAGGCCUUUGGUUGUCCGGAAAAAUAUCCAUGCUUUGAGUGAAGAAGAACGAGAACAGUUCUUGGAUGCUCUAGACCGUGCAAAGACAACUGUCCACCCUGACUAUGUGAUUGCUACCCAGCACUGGCUGAGCCUGCUUGGCCCUAGCGGAAAUGACCCACAAGUUGUAAACUGCAGCAUAUAUGACUUAUUCGUGUGGCUUCAUUAUUACUCAGUCAGAGACACCCUCUUAGGACCUGGCCGCCCCUUCACCGCAAUAGACUUCUCACACCAAGGACCCGCCUUUGUUUCUUGGCACCGGUAUCACUUGCUGCUGCUGGAAAGAGAUAUGCAGCGGAUGCUUGGCAAUGACUCCUUUGCGUUGCCAUACUGGAAUUUUUCAACAGGGAGAAACGAGUGUGACGUUUGUACUGAUCGACUUCUUGGAGCAUCAAGACCAGAAGAUCCAAAUCUAAUCAGUCAGAAUUCAAGAUUUUCACGUUGGGAAAUAAUAUGCAAUAGUUUGGAUGAUUAUAACCGUCUGGUUACACUCUGUAAUGGAUCCAACGAAGGUCCCCUGCAGAGGAACCCAUUCAGCAGAAGUGGUGAUCGGCUGCCAACCAUGGAAGAUGUUCGCAACUGCCUCUCGCUUCCAGACUUUGACCAGCCUCCUUUCUUUCGGAAUUCUACUUUUAGCUUCCGGAAUGCUUUGGAAGGGUAUGAUAAACCAGAUGGGACUUUGAACGUUCCAGUAGUGAGUCUCCACAAUUUAGUUCAUGCUGUCUUGAAUGGCACCAGUGCAUUCCCUCACGCUGCAGCGAAUGAUCCUAUCUUUGUGGUGCUCCAUUCCUUUACGGAUGCCAUUUUCGAUGAGUGGAUGAAACGAUUUCACCCCUCUGACAGCGCGUGGCCUCAGGAGAUGGCACCGAUUGGCCACAACAGAAUGUACAACAUGGUUCCUUAUUUCCCCCCCGUGACCAACGAAGAACUGUUUCUGCCUGCAGAACAACUCGGCUACCGCUAUGCCAUCGAGCUGCCAGAACCAUUGCAAGAGGCUAGCGCUUGGGGUCUUAUGGUUGGAUCCACCAUUGGAGGCGCCCUGAUCGCUCUGCUUGUACUGGUUGCUCUGCUUGUCGUCUUCCAGCACAGGAAAUACAGGAAAGGAUUUGAGCCCCUGAUGAAUGCCAGGUUCAACACGAAGAAAUACACUGAAGAGGCCUGA